AUGACUCAGCCGAGUUACUAUGUCAGCAAAUAUGCCGGUGAAUUCUGCAAACUGGUGGUCGAAGGUGACAUCGGAAAGGUUAAAUCGAAGUUCAAGGAGUUCGUGCUGGAUUACCAGACCCCGGAGGACCUCAACACGCCGCUGCACCUUUCGAUCAUUGCUCAGCAGAACCGCAAUGAAAUCAUCCAGUUUUUGGUGGAGUCGGGAGCGGACUGCGACCUGCGCAACUCCAUGAACUUAACCGCCUCGGAGCUGGCGAUCAACUUGAACUUCAUCGAUGUGACGAAGUUCAUGCUGGCGGUUGAGUUCCGCAACCUUACGGACUAUCGAUGCUUCUACCGAUUGAUACGGCGCGGUUCGGUGCCGCUGCUGCAGCUCUUCCUCGAGCUGAAGUCGUUCGACAUCCACCAGCAGAUCGGGUACGUUUCGAGCGUGUGGCACGAGCUGUACGUGAAGAAUGUGCCACUGACGAAAAGCAUGGAGAACUUCCUCGAGUACCAGCUGCUGAAUUACAGCUACGCCUACCAUCAUCCGCCGGCGCACCGAUCGGACCGGCCAAAGUUUGACAAAGAGCUCGAACAGCGGAUCGAUCUGAUCGUGGAGUACACGCGCUACCUGACUAAGCACUAUGGCGCGACGGACAAUCUGAACGACUUCGAUGACAAGUUCCUGCUGGCCAUCAAGAUCGUGUACGACAAUCUGUUCUUUGUGCGGGAAAAGCGUGAGCUGGUUAGCCCGGUUCCGGUGGACGAAACCUGCCGCUUGUUAGCGGUGUUCCUGGCGAUCUUCAAAAAGGCGCCCCACUACGAGGUGUACAAGUUGAUUUUGAACAAGCGCACGGUGUUGCGGUUUCUCGCCGCCGUGAGCGAUGAGCUGGAGCGGAUCAAGUGCGAUUUGCUCGAGAAUCGCGGCCAGUCGAGAUGGACGAACGAGCUGUUCAUGUACCUCGUGUGGUGUAUCCGUGACGCUGCCCCGGCCAAGUCGACCAAGGCAAUCAACGCACAGUGGCGCAAAAAGUACGCCCUGAAGAAGAAGCUCAUCUACUACGUGAAAGCGCGGUUGAAGGCGAAUCCGGAAUUAAACGCGAUCCAGGCGCGCUAUGUGAACAAUCUUUCGAAACCAGAACUGGAGGUGCUUCGGCAGGAGCUGAGAAUGAAGGAAUUUGUAGCGCUGACGCGUACCGUAGGGCGCAAGAAUCGUGUCGUGUUCGGACAGGUGCGCAAAACCCAUGAUCACGUAACGCAACUGUACGCGAUCAAGAAGAUCUUGCGCUACUUGGAUGGCAUAGCGCGGGUUCAGCUGCCUCAAUACCAGGUGUCGGGAAUGUUGGCCAUUAAGCGCACGCUGCAGGUGCUUGCGGAAACGAUCGCGAGCACACGCUACUGUCCGGCGAUUGCGCGAAAGCUGGAGAACGUAGUGCAUAAGAUACUCCCACUGAACCUCGACGUGGACGUGCGAGAUUUCUACCAACCGAAUGUGUCGCUGUACAAGCUGUGCUCCGAUAAACUCGAGAACGGACGAUUGCUCCCGUUCGCGGAGGUGCAGUGUAGUUUGAAAUCUGUUCGACGGUACUUCGCUUAUGUGCAUGAUCUGAAAAUGCUGGAGGCGUACAAAUGCUACCUGGGUAACGUACAUCAGCUGAAGAAUCACCGUCAGGUUGCAAGCUACAACCAGUACGUGGGCGAUGCGAAUCGCUUGUACUUUGAAAAUCACACCCUAGAUGACUUGUACUUCGAGCUGGAGGAUUGUAUCCGCGUCGUCGAAGAGCUACAGGAAACGUUUAGCCAACAGCAGGAUGAGAAGAUAAGCGAUCUGUUGCGGUGCGUGUAUAGGCCACUCGCGCAGCGCUUCGAAUCGCUUACGAAGGGCGAAGGAAGUGACCGUGCUGCGCUGGCGUCAAUCAGUGCCAACUUUAGCACCGUGAUGCAGCUCUGCGGGACGGAGAUCGCAAUGGCAAAGGUACGCCGUAUAGUGGGCUCGUUCUUGGCCGAAAGCUACCCCAAGUAUGAUAUCUGCAACGACGAACAGCUGCUUCUGCUAAAUCCCAUCAUGCAGGAGCUGUUGCAUCUGUUCACGAACUAUCUGUAUCAGUACCAGAUGGAUGAGCGGGUAACGAAAAACUUUGUGACGAUGAUUGAGGUGCUGCACGUUAGCAGGUACAUCGCGGUCGAUCAUUUUCUGCCGGAACGAACGAAGCCGUUCGAUAACUUGAUGCACCAGAACUACACGAACGAUAUACUGAAGAAGUUCAAUCUGCAAAAUUUGAGCUCGAUUGAGUUUGCGGUGCUGCAUGAGCAGCUCUCGCAGAGUUACUACGACAAUUGCUACAACCUGGACAAGAAGUACGCAGUGCUGACGAUGUUCUUUAAGUCCACCAACCGGCAGGUGAAUGACGCAAUCCUAAAACGCAACAAGCGCAUGGACCGCGAAGAGUUCCAGUCGUUUCUGGAUGGGAAGCUGAAAUUUAUUGGACAGUUUUUGCCUUGUAACGACUUCAACGAGGUGACGCAGUUUAUCAAUGAGGCCGCUCCGCACGUGGAGUAUGCCCUGGAGUACUGUCUGUUAGAGUUGUGUGAGGUGCUGACCGAUCUCGGAAUCUUCCAGGAUAAUCAGUACGUGUUGAAGUUGCAGUCGGCUAAUGUGAGUGGACGCAACCUGCAUGACUACUUGCGGCAGGACACGCUGGAGUACGACAUGCUGACGCUGACGCACAGCACCAAGGUGAAGGUAUUUUUGAACGGGUUGAUUUUUAAGAGCAACGAUUUCAAGUUGUACCAACCGCUUAGCGGCCAGAAAGCGAACGCAGACGAGCUACUGGCCAUCAACGAGAAUCUGACAAACAACUACAAGAUGCGCUGGAGCUGGGUGGAGCAGCAGGAGCGACUGUUCAAAUCAGUUGAAACAAUCGAUCUGAAGUUGCUACAGGCGCUUACGCCCGACUACGCGGACAUUCGGGGCAUGCGGUUAGGUGUGCUGUGCGACGGAACUCCUUCUACGGAGUAUGAGAUCAUCGAUCACACGAUACGGAACAACCUGAAGCAGAUGGUCGACUACUUGUCGGAGGAACUGCAAGCGAUAUCGUACGAGAAAAAGCAGUUCUUCCAGUACGUCCUGGUGCGAAGCUCAAACUCACUGUUCAUCGAUGCGCACUUUAGUCUAACCACGGUGCAGGAGCGACAAGCCACGAUCCUGUUUAUGGCGCUAUACUUUCGCGCCUACGACGUGUUCCUCGAGUGCGUCAAGCGCUUUGAACUGACGGUGAACCUCGGCAAAAUCAUCAAGUACCUCAACCUCGAGUUCAUCGAGAAGAUCGCCAAACAGAUGAAGGACAUUAGCUGGAAUUGCCAGGACGGCAACGGUACGACAGUGUUGGACCAGUGCGUGCAGAAAGGUGACCUGGCGGCCGUGAAGAAACUGCUCAAGCUGGGUGUGGACAUUUGCUCCCAAACAGCCGACGGUACUUCUGCGCUGCAUCGAGCGUGUUGUCUGGGUCACACGGAGAUCGCUCGGCUCUUAGUGAAACAGCACGUUCCGCUAACCACGUUGAGUGGCACGGAUCGGUUGCCGUUGCACUACGCGAUCCAGUACCACGAGAACGAGCUCCUGCCAGUGCUCUGCAGUGACGAUAUCGACGUCGAUUCCGAAAGCCACCGGUUGGUGAAGCGCACGAUAAAGUACGGCAAUUUCGAAGCGCUCAAAUUCCUGGUCGACACACGACAGGCGAAGCUGUGUUUCGUGGAUAAGCAGAAGAACACUGUUCUGCAUUUGUGCGCGAAAUACGGGCGGUUGGAAAUGUUGCACUAUCUCUUCGAUAACCAUCAGGCGGUCAUCAUGGACGGGGACCUACUGAAUCGGCGCAAUGUCAACUCGAAGACAGUUCUUCACCUUGCCGUACAGAACCGCCAGACGGCGAUGGUCACGUUACUGUUGGCGCAGGGUGUAGAUCCUUCUCCGGCAGAUGAUACCGGUCGUUCGGCGUACGAGUGGGCCGUGCAGCAGAACAGCAUGGGCAUCAUGAAGGCAUUCGUGAAGCAUAAUCCGUCCCAACGAUCGUUCCUUUCAACAGCCGGCGGGAACAGCGCAUCACACCCGUUGACAAUCGCGAUCGAGCAACGAAACGUGCGCGUGCUAAAGUUCCUGCUUCGCAACGGAUGCAGCUUGACGGGAGAGUCUCUUUGUCUGAUGAAGGCGGUGUACACGCGAUCGCUGGAAUUGGUGCGUUUUAUCGUGGAACAGUGCAAAGCGGUGGUGCAGUACCGAGAUCCUUACGAUAGCACCGCUCUGCAUGUGGCGAUCGCAAUUGAGUGUAACGAGAUCGCAGCUUAUCUGAUUGAAUCGGGUGCGGACAUCAACGCCAUUAGCAAGUUUGGUGACACACCGCUGCACAUUGCCGCACGCCACGGUAACAUUGUGGCCGCUCGUAUGCUUCUUCUCAAGUAUGCUACCAUCGACGAACGAAAUGCGUCAGGCCUGACGCCACUGAUGCAGGCCAUGUACACGCGCAAUCUGGACAUCAUGAAGCUGCUGAUAGGGGCAGGCGCCAAUAUAGACCUACUGAAGCUACACCUGGUAGAGAUCGAACAGCUCGCCAAGCUGCCUGCCAUUCAUAUGUUUGUGGAUCACUAUGGGCUAUUAGAGUUUAUGAUCCUGCAGUUGCAGUACGAUCCGAGCGUGCGCGAUGCUCGCAAUCAGCAGAGCCUGUUGCACAAAGCGUGCUACACGAACAAUCUGCAGGUCGUGCAGUUUCUAGUCGACUGGUGCCGGUUGCAGACGGAACAGCAGGACGCGAACGGCCGCACGCCACUGGCUGUUGCGAACGAAUGCAAGAACUACGAGGUGGCCGAGUUUCUGCGAAGCAAGAAGCGGAAAAAAUCUCAAAUCGCCCCUCAGCGGUACUUCGAUCCGGCGAGCAUGAUGUAA